UCAUAGAUUAUUUACAAAACUUGAAAUGCAAUUGCCAAUCAUUGAAGUUCAAUUCAUUUCGUAAGCUUCAAAACUUUGCUAUCCUCCACCAUCUCCAUACUAUCGUCCGUGUUGUAUCAAGUUUAUCCUGUUGCCCUCUCUCCCUCUCUCGAUGGACAAUGCAUCUCCACAACCGAUUCAGGGUGCUACGCCGGGUGCCAGCAGCAGCACCACAGCACCCGCCCAACCUCAGCCAACAAUUGCACGACAACCACACGACAUUGUUGGCGCUCUAGGAAACUUGCUUAAAUCACAUACCGGAGAAAUUGUCUCUAAUGAACGGAUAUCGCAUCUUCUAUUAUCAAACAUGGAGACGCUGGUGAAGCAAGGCAAGCUGACCCAGACACAAAUCUUACAGCAGUUGAAAGUUUUUGCGGACAAGCACAAGCCAAAUGCAUCGGCCAAUGGAGCAAGCAAGCCUACAACACCUGCACCAACAUCUGCACCCCCUUCGCAAUCAUCUACACCUCAUCCAGGGUUCAAAGUACCCUCAGAAGCACUUCCAACUCUCGCCAGUCUCCAGGCAUCUACCUCCGCCAACGGAAACGACUCAACAUAUCCUAUAUCUGCCACAUUGACACCAAUGACACCCACAGCCGGAGCAGUACAAUGGACUCAAGCCAGGCCAACACUAACGGGUGGACUAUCAGCUGGAAGGGUUGUUGGUGCCCCUUCACAAGUCGCCCGACCUGGGGAUGCAUCCACGCUUCUCACUCUUGACGACACACGUACCGGUAUCAGCUCGGCAGGACGAAGGAAAAACACGCCUGCUGAUCAAAAUAUGAGACGAACAAUACAGGAUUUAGUGGCGAGCAUCGAUCCGAACGUAAAGGUUGAACCCGACGUCGAGGAUCUUUUACUCUCUAUUGCUGACGAGUUUAUCGAUUCAGUCACGAAUUUCUCUUGCCGACUGGCAAAACAUCGCGGUGGUGAUACUCUCGAAGUUAAAGACUUGCAGUUGCAUCUAGAACGCAACCACAACAUUCGAAUCCCUGGUUUCGCCUCGGACGAUACUCGAAUUGCUUUGUCUUCAUCCUCGUUGCCUCCAUAUGGCGGCGCUGCUCCCACUGGCGGUACCGGCAGAAAGUCACAGGCCUCCGGGACCGCUGCUGCAGGUGCGGGUCUGAGAAAUCAGAGAUUGAAUCAGGUCGCACAAGCAAAAAGGGAUGGAAAACUGAUUUGAGCAAGGGAACUGUUGAGAAUUCCCUCCUUUCGUUAUCGAACUUUCCUUUUAUGUUUUAUACUGUCAAUAAUUACUUGCUUUCAAUGUACUAUGUAGAAUAGAACGUUACGCUGUGAUACUUAGGCGUUGUUCUGCGCU